ACACAGGAUGGAGAGAUGGAUGGUUUUAAUCCAAAUACAAACAAACAAACAAACAAACUAAACAUUAGUGACGCGUGGGUCGCUGCCCCUCGCGCUUCAUUAGCCGCCCCAGUGACGUCAUUCCGUUUAACAGUCAGACUCGGACGCCCCACGUCAGUCGACCGGACAGACUCAGACCAUAAACCGACGGACGAGGAGUUCACAGUCUCGAUAGAAACAAGGCAGUCAAGAGAAAUGUCUUUUAUAUUUGGUUGGAUCUACAGGGGCUUCAGCAGCGUCUUGCAACUAUUAGGGUUGUACAAGAAGACCGGCAAGCUGGUUUUCCUCGGACUAGACAAUGCAGGAAAAACAACGCUCCUCCAGAUGCUCAGAGACGACAGGCUGGGACAGCAUAUGCCAACGCUAUACCCGACGUCUGAGGAGCUGACCAUAGCUGGGAUGACCUUUACGACGUUUGACCUCGGGGGUCAUACACAAGCACGAAGGAUCUGGAAGAACUACUUCCCAGCCAUAAAUGGAAUAGUGUACUUGGUGGAUUGUGCUGAUCAUGAGCGACUAUUAGAGGCUAAAAUUGAACUGGAUGCUCUGUUAACAGAUGAAACCAUCUCAAACAUCCCCGUUCUUAUACUGGGGAAUAAGAUAGAUCGCCCAGAGGCCAUCAGUGAGGAUGCCCUCAGAGGAAUGUUUGGUCUUCAUGGACAUACAACUGGAAAGGGCACUGUGUCACUGAAGGAGCUGAAUUUGAGGCCAAUGGAGGUUUUCAUGUGUAGCGUGCUGAAGAGGCAGGGAUAUGGAGACGGUUUCCGCUGGCUCUCCCAGUAUAUCGACUGAUUGGCAUUCUAAAAUUAGUCUUUUGUUAGCUGUAUGUGCACACAAAGACCUGUUCCACACAAAACUACCUGCAGUAGCGAGAUAUUUUAUAAAAUAUACUAUAUGUAGGACUUUGACUGCCAGUAAGAAAUACAUUUUAAGUAGUUUUUGUAUCAAUAUACCCUGUUCUCUUAAUGCAUUCAAAGAUGUCUGUAUGUCAUAACACAAAAGGUCAAAGAUAAGUUAUGAAUCAUCAGUGUGUUAUUCAGAUAGAGUGUGGAGAAUAAUUUUCAGUACUGUCGUUUCUACCUUUACUUAAAGCUUGUAGGGAACUUUGUUCUCCAUAUAGAACAUGCCGCUGCUGUGAACCAGUUUCUGACCCAGGUUUAUUUUUGGAUGCCGGUGUUGACUUACAAUGAAGGUCAAUUUAGUUGACAUUGUGGCCUUGGAGUUAGUCUUCUUUGACUUAGAAUGAAACUUUUUAUUUGUUGGCACAGAUGGGAAUCUUAAACUACCAGUUGUUUCCAGUUGUUUCUCUGUAAAAUGCUACAAAACUUUGGUGCCAUAUUUGUUAAUGUUAAUACAGUAGCCUUCUACCUCCAAGGAUACUGACAUUUCUCCUGAUCGCACGUUUCUUUUUUUAAAAUUCAUGAACGUUUACAACUAUAGGACAAUUGUAUGAAUGUGACCACGAGUGCAUUAGCUGACUUUUGCCAUGAGGAGCUUUAUUUAAUACUGCACCAUGUUAAAUAGUUAAAUAACUACAGCACAGCCAAGUGAUGUAACAAACUCAUACUACUUGUCUGCAGAGAGGAUGCCAAACUACCUGUUUCCAUGAUGCGUAAUUUCUGUGAAAUGACUUGAGUACUUUGUGAUUAGUUGCUGCUAAUAACACGCAGCGAUAUUAUGAGAGUACUUGGGUAGUGCUUAAAAACUGUGUAUGCACAUCAUAUGCAUGGAAUUACCUUUCAGUAUUAUGUGUUGUUUUGUGUAUAAGAUUUUAUUUAUAUUUUCCAGUAAAACUGGCUUGACUUAUGCUACAUAAAGCAUUGAUAAAGGUAUAAAAGGUACGUCAUAUUCUUGUUGGACGUAAUGUGUGAAGUUUUAGCAUAAUAAAUAUUUUUGACAAUCA